CUCGUUGGUCCAUAUUCCCUGCCCCGUUCGCGUCUCCGCCUUUUUCUCCAUGGCCAGUCUCCACCACCGUCCUUCCCGGGGCGAUCUCUUCCGGCCAUCCACCGCGCCCGACCCCGCUGCCACGGCCUUCCCUCGUCGCGCCACCGCGUACGAAUCACCUGCCCUCAGGAAUCCUUUCCCCCGGGAGAUCUACACGACCGCGCCAUCGCCGCCGCCGCCGCCGACCCCGCGGCAGCAGUUCUCGAUGGCGCUGCCGGCGGCCUCCGGAAGGCAGCGCUGCGGAGACAGAGUGCGCGGGGUUCGCGUGUGGUGCUUCAGCGACCCCGAGAUGAAGCGGCAGCGGCGGGUGGCGAGGUACAAGGCGUACGGUGUGGAGGGGAAGGUGAAGGCCUCGCUCCGCCGGGGGCUCCGAUGGUUCAAGCGCAAGUGCUCAGUUAUCUUGCAUUUCUGAAAAACCGUGCCCUUCGAAGGUAAAGGCCGUUCUUUGGGCUGCAACAAUUCUACCACGUACUCUUCGAUGGAUUCGGGUUGCCGGUGCCUAUUUAUGGAUUGAUGAAGAAUCGAGUUAGUUCAUUGCAUCCGAGCCGAUCGAUCCCGUAGAUUCCAAAGAAAUUUUCCAGAGGAUGUAAACUGCAUGGGUUGUCAUCCAUGAGUCCGGACUCCAGAAUACAUGCUGCCUAGAGAAUAGGAGGUGCCAUGUUGCCCUUGGCUGUUCAUAAAUGUCUGGCUUUGGUUGAUAACCCGAAAUUGUCUGUCCUCGUUUAAUUUGGAAUCGAUCUAUGGACAAUGUUCAAGAGAUUUUUCUCAACAAUAUGCUCUCCUUGUUUUCUGUUGACAUGAACAUCAAAUUAUAUGGU